GAUUUGCCAGAAGAAACGGAUAUAGACGGUGAGAACUGUACGAAUCUUCUAGGUAGUCGAGCAGCACAGCAGAUGGGUCUUGUUAAUGUGAAUUACGACAACAUGAAAAUUCUGUCAGAGUCAGACCAGAAAGGGGAUUCACAUACCACGAUGACGUCAUCAGAGUCAAGUCCGACGGAAAGGUCGACGCAUUCCAUAUUGACCUCUCCAGAAUCAAGUCAAACUGGAUUGACCAUGGAACAGAUCACUAGCGAAUACAAAGAUAUUUUCGAGGGACUGGGGCAGCUUGGACCGAAACUCCAUUUGGAACUAGAAGAAAACGUGAAACCUGUACAACAAGCAGUGAGAAAAAUACCUGAGUCCAUGAAAGAUCCAUUGAGAAGCCACCUAGCUGAGCUCGAAGAGAAAGGUAUAAUCGAGAGAGUGUAUCAACCUACAGAAUGGAUAAAUUCCAUUGUUGUUGCAAAGAAAUCCAAUGGAAGUAUUCGCCUAUGCCUAGAUCCUCGUCCACUUAACAAGGCACUCAAGAGAUGUCACCACCCCAUGCAGACCAUUGAAGAUAUAUUACCUGAGCUUGGUAAAGCAAAAGUUUUCUCCAAGUUGGACUGUCUCAAUGGUUAUUGGCAAGUCCCUUUGGAUGAAGAAUCUUCCCUCCUCACGACGUUUGGAACGCCUUUCGGUCGGUAUAAAUGGAAACGUUUACCGUUUGGUAUUUCUCCAGCGGGUAAGAUAUUUCAGAGCCGUUUAGAUCAAGCGAUCGACGACCUUGAGGGAGUCAAGACAGUCGCUGAUGAUAUUCUGGUGAUUGGAAAUGGCGACUCAUUGGCAGAAGCAAUCACCGACCAUGACGCCAAAAUGAAGCAACUGUUGAAUCGAUGCAGAGAGCGGGGAGUGAAGCUGAAUGGAACGAAAUUUUUGCUGAAGCAAACGUCAGUUCCUUACAUCGGACACGUUCUUACAUCUGCAGGGGUGAAACCCAUAUGA